AUGAGCAAUACUUCAUUUGAAGAUAAAUUAAAAGAUCUGAACUUAUCCAAUGAUGAAUUAAAACGUUUUUCUGAUGCAUUUAAAAAUGAUGAAUUUCGUAAAUUAUUUAUUGAAUAUGCCGAGGAAUUGAAUGAUCCAAAAAGUCGUGAAUUAUAUGAAAAAGAAAUUUGUGCCGUUGAAGCACAACGUGGUCUUGAUGCAAAAUUUGUGCAUCCUAAACCAGGACAUGUAAUUAAGACAACAAUCGACGGUACAAAGAAAUGUUUUAUUAAUAUAGCAACCAAUGAACAUGUUGAGAAGCCAUCCUAUAAUAAAACUGCUGGAACAAAUGGUAAACAAGGUGUAAGUUGGAGUUUACCACAUUGUUUAGCUGGCCCACAUGAGGAUAUUGAUCAUGAAUCUAAACCGUGUACGGUUUAUGAUGUUAUUUUUUCACCCGAUACAUAUAGAAUGGCAGAAACAAAUGGAAGAUUUAUGAAUAUGCUUCAGGAUUCAGCAUUAGAUUCAGUUGAAAAUAAUUAUCAUUGUAAACUUGACAGAAAUAAUGUUAAAAAAUUAAAAAUGAAAUUUAAAGGUGUACCUAAAGCAACUAUUAUUAGAAAAAAGAAGGAAAAUCAACAAGAAGAAACUGUACAAGAUACUGAAAAAGCCUUGAAAGACGAAACUGAUGAUAUUAUUGAAAAAGCUAUAUCAAAUGCUCAAAACCACAAAGUCGUUUUAUCAAGUCAUAAUCGGGCUGUAAAUCCUCCGCCAUCAAAUAACAUGAAUCAAACUGAGACGACAAUAGCGCCUCGUACGGAUGAAAAUGGAUUUACUAUUCCAACAUAUCGAAUAAUUCACCGUGGUGAAUUCGAUAUUCAAGAUUGUUCGAAUUCUCUUGUAACACAAGUUCAUUCGAUGCGUCCAAAAGAGUUAGUUGUUGAAAUUGAUCUGCCAUUAUGUGCAUCAUCAAGUAACGUGGAUUUGGACGUAUGCGAGCGUACACUUAAACUUAGUUGCAAUGCACCCAAAUAUUCUCUUGAUCUACAUCUGCCUUAUCCAGUACGUGAAAGUGAUAGUCAUGCACGUUUUGAUAAAAAACAACGGAAAUUACUUGUUACAUUAGCCGUAAUUAAAGAAACUCCAUCCAUUAUCCAAAUGGAUACGAAUGUUGAUAUGGACGAAAAAAAUGAAGAGGCAGAAGCAUCAACAGAAAUAGUUCCAACUAUAGAAACAACUAAUGAAUCGGUUUCAUCAGAUGAAAAAGCUUCAAGUAUAACUUAUACAUGCAUUCCAUUCGAAUAUAAACAAGGUUUAGCUCAUAUAGCAUUAGUUUUAUAUGUUAAAAACAUUGACAAGCCAACUUUAAAAAUUGAAAAUGAUGGUCAACAUAUAACUAUAAAAUUAUCAUCCUUAGGAUCAGGUUUUUAUCCUCUAUAUCAUCAACUUUAUCUUGAUUUUGAUGAACCCAUGGUAUUUGAUACAACAGAAAGUUCAUCAACAAUUAAAUUUAAUGAUGAUAAUGUUUUAAUAUUAUUAAAGAAAAUUUCGAAUGAUAAACACUUAACAAAAUUUACAAGUAGUGUUAAUGGCGACGAUAUGACGGUCAAUUAUUUUCCUGCUUCAACUGCUAUGGAGACAUCAGACACAUCAACAAAGCAACGCAUGACAAAAGAAGAUUUUAUUAGAUCAGAUUCAUCGUCAUCAUCAAGUGCUGAUCAACAGAAAAAGUUGAGUAGAAAACAGGCGAAGAAAAUGGCAAAAGAGAAUCGUAAAAAACAAGAAGUUCCCGAUGAUAAUGAACAACUUGUUAAUGAAGUUUCAAAAAUAACACUUCAAUCAAAUCAGGAAGAAAUAAAAUUGGACGGUACCAAUGACAAUCGAAAAACAGCCUCCGAAGAACACGAUGAUGAUUUAUCCGACAUGAAAGCAGUUGCUUCACGUCCAACAAUAUAUCGUCGGCACAUGUCAGAAUCAAAUGUCGAUCUUCAAAUGGGAUCCAACGGAGAAUUUAAGCUUAAAGGUAUAUUAAAAAAUUCAACAAAAUAUCGUUCAUAUUCUGAAUCCUUAAAUGAGCCAUUCAACAAUAUUGGUAAUGAUUUUCAACGUGAUGAAUCUGCGUUCGAAGCAUCUUCAACAGUCGAUGAUUUAACUAGUAGCAAUGAAAAUAAUAGUAUAGUCACGUCACCUGAUAGUAGUGGUAGCAAUAGUUUUUGUACUACAUCAAAUUCAUCGGUGAACGUGAAGCAUGUCACAUUUAACAAUCAAGUAUCAAGAAAAACAUUUAAACCAGGUGGACCAGUUUCUGGUAUGAGAAAAUUAUCAACAAAUCAACAGCGAAAAUUAAAAAAACGUAAACGUCAAGAUUCACUGAAUUCUCAGUCAAGUGAUCAAGAUGAUACAACUAAUGAAAAGAAUAAGCCUAAACAAUCUGGUACAUACAAAAACCCUGUUGAACUUCAAGAUGUUAUUGCUUGGCAAGCAAAUGGAUCUCAAUCUAAUAACGACGAAAAUAAAAAGGGAACAACAACUAAAUCAGCUGUUCGAUUUACAAAUCCGCUUAUAUUUGAAUUAGACAAUUAG